AUGUCGGCGCUGCCAGAUAAGAUUGGCUCCCUCCUCUUCUGCCCAAACUGUGGCUCGUUACUCGAUGUCCCCGGUGAUGAAGACAUGAUUAAGUGUGCUCCAUGUGGUGCUGUUCAGAAUGCCAAGGUCUACGACAAUCUUUCGAUCGUUACGCGCUCUCACCCAUCCGCCUUUCCUUCAGCGCUACGACAAAAGCGUCAGUUGGUCAAUACAGCAGCUGCCCUAGGUGAUGACAAGAAGCCGCAAGAGGCUACUAUCAAGGAAAAGUGUCCGGGAUGCGGCAACGACGAGAUGAACUUCCAUACUCUUCAGCUCCGUUCUGCUGAUGAAGGUACAACCGUUUUUUACGAUUGCCCCAAAUGUGGCUACAAGUUCAGCCAAAACAACUGA